ACUCCCAGGAGCGCCAGCGUCCAACAGUGCAAGUACAUUAUCUUGAAACCCAAGGUUGUGGACUCAUCAGACCUGCGCAGACUCAAGGCCCAAGCUCAGGACCCUCUGCGGAGAGACUGCAAUGGCGGCUCCUUCCGGAUCAGACCGCGGGGGACUAAUCUGGAUCUGCAUUUUCCUGGGAUCCUUAUGCGACCUCAGCGCUGAACAGAUCCGGUACUCUGUGCCUGAGGAGCUGGAAAGGGGCUCUGUGGUGGGCAACCUCGCCGCGGACCUGGGGCUGGAGCCCGGGAAGCUGGCAGAACGCGGGGUCCGCAUCGUCUCCAGAGGUAAGACCCAGCUCUUUGCCCUGAACCCGCGGAGCGGCAGCUUAGUGACAGCGGGGAGGAUCGACAGGGAAGCGCUCUGUGACAGAUCCCUGAAGUGUACCGCAAAUCUAGAGAUUCUCCUGGAGGAUAAAGUGAGGAUUCUUGCAGUGGAAGUGGAAAUCGUUGAUGUUAAUGAUAAUGCCCCCAGCUUUGGAGCACAGCAGAGGGAAAUAAAAGUGGCUGAAAAUGAAAAUCUUGGGACAAGAUUUCCUCUCCCUGAAGCUUUUGAUCCGGAUAUAGGGGUGAACGCCUUGCAGGGUUACCAGCUCAGCUCCAAUGGUCAUUUCUCCCUGGACGUGAAAAGCGGACCGGAUGGGAUUAAGUACCCGGAGCUGGUGCUGGAGAGGGCCUUAGAUCGCGAGGAGGAAGCCUUUCAUCACCUGGUUCUCACCGCCUUCGACGGAGGUGACCCGGUUCGCUCUGGCACUGCCACAAUUCAGAUAACACUCGUGGACACCAAUGACAACGCUCCCGUAUUCACUCAACCGGAGUACCACGUUAGUGUGAAGGAGAAUUUGCCCGUGGGCACGCGGCUACUGACGGUAAAAGCCACUGACCCAGAUGAAGGAGCCAAUGGAGAAGUGACGUAUUCUUUCCGGAACGUAAGAGACAAGAUAUCCCAUCUAUUCCAGCUGAAUUCUCAGAGUGGGGACAUAACGAUGUUAGGGGAGCUGGAUUAUGAGGACUCUGCGUUCUAUGACGUUGAUGUAGAAGCUCAUGAUGGGCCCGGUCUGCGAGCCAGGGGUAAGGUGCUGGUGACAGUUCUGGAUGUAAAUGACAAUGCUCCCGAAGUCACUGUUACCUCCCUCACCAGCUCUAUCCAAGAAGCUUCUUCCCCAGGCACAGUGAUUGCGCUCUUCCACGCGCAUGACAGCGACUCUGGAGAGAAUGGCCUUGUCACUUGCUCUAUUCCAGAUAAUCUUCCAUUCAGGCUGGAAAAGACCUAUGGAAAUUAUCAUCGGUUGUUGGUUCACAGGACUCUGGACAGGGAAGAAGUCUCCGAAUAUAACAUUACAGUAACAGCCACCGACCAGGGAACUCCGCCACUGUCUACAGAGACUUAUAUCUCCUUGCAGGUGGUGGACAUCAAUGACAACCCACCCACCUUCAGCCAUGCCUCCUAUUCUGCCUACCUCCCAGAAAACAACCCUAGAGGAGCUUCCAUCCUCUCCAUAACAGCCCAGGACCCAGACAGUGGUGAGAAUGCCCAGAUAACCUACUCCCUGACAGAGGACACUAUCCAGGGGGCACCUCUGUCCUCCUACGUCUCCAUCAACUCCAACACCGGUGUUCUCUACGCACUACGUUCCUUCGAUUAUGAGCAGUUUCAAGACUUGAAGGUACUAGUGACGGCCAGGGACAGUGGGAACCCUCCACUCAGCAGCAACGUGUCACUGAGCUUAUUUGUGCUGGACCAAAAUGACAACACACCCGAGAUCCUGUACCCCACCCUCCCCACUGAUGGCUCUACUGGUGUGGAGCUGGCGCCCCGCUCAGCAGAGCCUGGAUACCUGGUGACCAAGGUGGUGGCUGUGGACAAAGACUCGGGACAGAACGCCUGGCUGUCCUAUCGCCUGCUCAAGGCCAGCGAGCCGGGGCUGUUCUCUGUGGGGCUGCACACGGGCGAGGUGCGCACUGCCCGGGCCCUUCUGGACAGAGAUGCCCUGAAGCAGAGCCUGGUGGUGACCGUGCAGGACCACGGCCAGCCCCCUCUCUCUGC